AUUGCUUUCUCUGCCUCCCAAAGAAAAAAUAAAUUAAAAAUGAAAUUCUUUGUAUCUUUUGUUAUGUUCUUUCUCCUCUUAAAUUGUUUCGCAACCUCAUAAACUCUGAUUCGAGAUUCUUGCAAGAAAGCUGCAGCGAAAGAUCGGAAUAUGAAGUACAAUUUUUGCGUCGAGUCUCUUGAAUCGAAUCCUCAUAGCAAAAGUGCAACAAGUAUCAAAGGAUUAGUCAUAGCAUCAACGAAGAAUGCUGCAUUAAACACGAUUAACGUGGAAAGAAUCGCUAAAACGAUCCUCAAUGAAAGGAAAACUUCUCCUGGAUUACAGAAGAGCCAAUGAGUAUCUGAUUUCUGCUUUUAAUACACCGAGAAUUUGUGAAGAUAUAUUCACAAAAAUGAAGAAAGCAAAAUCUCAGAUUAGAGAUAAGAACAAUGUUUUGCAUCAAAAUAUUUUGAUUGCUUUCACUUUUUCAAUGAUAUUAUGAUAAAAUUUCCCAAAGUGUAAUUAUCCAACAUUGAUUAAUAAGAAACUUAAAAGAAUUACAUUAUCUUGUGUUUAACGAUAUAAUGUGUUAAAUGUUUAUAAUAUAUUUUGGUUUUAAUAUAUGUAGUACUCUAAUAUGCUCAC